GGCCCGGCCGCGAUCUCUCGGGAUCGGGCCUGGAGCCGCCCGCGUCCGCGCUGGGUCGGCAGGUCCCCGAGAGGGCGGCGGGGCUGGCGGACGCGCGCCGGGCGCCAGCAGUGCGCGCGCGGGGAUGCGGCGGCGCGGGGACACGGCGACGCGGCGAGCGCGGGGGAGGGGCGGCGGGGGUAUCCCGGCCCGGCUCUCUGUCCUGGAGCCGGUGGGCCCCUCUGGACCCUCCAGCCACGUGCCUGGACUGGGGUCGAAGACGGGCCCCUGCGUCCUGUCUUCCCCCACAGGCUGGGAAUGGAUCUCGGGCCGAGGGAGCCCCGACGGGCGGCUGGCCGAGGCUGCCCGCGGUGCUGUCGGAGUGGGGGCCGGAGCGUGGAGGACACUUGGUAGUAUUGCGCAGCGCCUUUUGGGGCUGGAGCAACCCUGGUCUCCAAGCCGCUAAAAGCCGUUUUUUGACAACCCCAGACCCGCCCCACGCAUUUCCAAAAGUUGGCAUGUCCUCCCCAAAGCACAGGCAUCAGAGCUUUCUCCGCCCCUGGGGACCUCAGAGGUUCCUAAUCUAUACACUUUAUACUUACCGUGCAGGGUAGUUGUGAGGUUAGAGAUGACAUGAACGGGGCCUAAUACGGAGCUGACAUAUUCCUCACGUCACCUGUUAAAGAAAACGUUACUCCAGGUACUUGUCAGAGACGCACUGGAUCUCACGCCCUCGCGUGUUCCUGUGCGAGGCUCUGUGAAGACGUCGUCCUCCCCAGAGACAACUUCGUCCCAGAAGAACUUCGCCUAGAAGGACGUGGCAGGCCUGAUGAUGCCUGUUGAGCAGGGGCAGGCCCCAGUCCUGCUGCCACCGCUGGCAAAGGACUCCCCGAUCUCUGGGCCAGAUGCUGCCCCUCAAGGGGAGCCCUCCAGCCCUGAGGCUGCUCGCCAGCUUUUCAGGCAGUUCCGUUACCAGGUGAUGUCUGGGCCCCAGGAAACCCUGAGACAACUUCGGAAGCUCUGUUUCCAGUGGCUGCAGCCAGAGGUCCACACCAAGGAGCAGAUCUUAGAGCUGCUCAUGUUGGAGCAGUUCCUGACCAUUUUGCCCGGGGAGAUUCAGAUGUGGGUGCGCAAACAGUGUCCUGGCAGCGGAGAGGAGGCAGUGACCCUGGUGGAAAGCUUGAAGAGAAACCCCCAGAAGCUGUGGCAGUGGAUCAGCAUCCAGGUUCUAGGACAGGACACCUUACCCAAGCAGGUGGAGUCUGCAGGCUGCCAAGUGGGGGAAGUGGAGUCUCCUCUUGAAGAGACAUCUCAGGAGCUGGGACUUGUGCCUGCUUCCCAGCUUCCUGCUCAGCCUGAGGAGAGACUCAUCGGAGACCAGGACUUUGGAACCUCCCUUCUCCACACAGCACCUCAGGAGCACUGGAGGCACCUGGAUUCCAUUCAGAAGGAGCAAUACUGGGAUCUCAUGCUGGAGACCUAUGGGAAAAUGGUCUCAGGAGGCAUUUCCAGUUCCAAGCCUGGCCUGACUAAUUCAACUGAGUGUGGGGAAGAGCCGGCAGGACUGUGCCUGCAUGUCAGUGAGAAGAUCCUAAAACCCACCUGCAUAGGAGAUAGACAGGAGAAUGACAAAGAGAACCUUAACUUGGAAAAUCACAGGGACCAGGAGCCUCCGGAUGCCCCCUGUCGCACCUCAGAGGAGCCGCCUUCGCAGGCUUCCCAGAGUGGCCUCCUCACUGAAGAGGAGCCGGGCCGCUGUGGAGAAGAAGAGACUCUCCCUCAGGCUCAGGAAAGCCUUCCCGGCGAGCAAGUAGAGGAACAGCUCUCUCCUCAAGAAAAGAAUUCUGGGAAGCAGCCAGGCCGUCGUGUGCCUCAUCCUCAUCCAGGGGAACGGUCUGUGCUGUGUCUGGAGGGGAAGAAAGAGGCCUCCCCUAAAGGGCAGCCGAGAGCCCCCAUGGUCCAGAAACUGCCCACCUGCAGGGAGUGUGGGAAAAGCUUCUAUAGGAACUCUCAGCUUGCUUUUCACCAAAGAACUCACACCAGAGAGAAAUACUUCCAUUGCCUCACCUGCAGAAAAGGCUUCCGGCGGAGUUCAGACUUCAUGAAACAUCAGCGAAUUCACACGGGAGAGAAGCCUUGUCAAUGUGAGUACUGUGGGAAAGGCUUCAGUGACUUCUCCAGAUUGCGCCACCACGAGAAAAUUCACACAGGAGAGAAACCCUACAAGUGUCCCGUCUGCGAGAAGAGCUUUAUUCAAAGAUCAAACUUUAAUAGGCAUCAGAGGGUUCACACAGGAGAGAAACCUUACAAAUGUUCCUGCUGCGGGAAAAGUUUCAGCUGGAGUUCUAGCCUUGAUAAACAUCAAAGGACCCACUUAGCAAAGAAGCCCUUUUAGGAGCCAUGCACGCUUAGCCCAUUUCUGUGUCCUGGCCCGUUUGAAACACAUAGCUCCCCAGGAGGAAUUAGGUCUGUUAGUGGAUAUCCCUGCUCUCUUAUGCCUGGAUAAGGAAAGAGAGUGUCUGCACAUGAGUUUGGACUUGGAGACUGUGUCAGCCUGUGGAUUGGAUCUCAUCUCUUUGGGAAGAGAUGGGAAAAACCUAUCGCUUGGAGGUUCCAUUUUAGAAUUGCUACCUGGGAGGAGGUUAACUGGAUUAGCCACAGUUGCUGUCAUGGGAAGCACCUGGGAUUGGCCCUUCAGAACCGGGGGCCCUGGAGCAGGCCAUCUAUGCCCAGGGAGGCAUAGAGGACCGGGAGCUCAGGUGUUCUUUGUCAUAUUGGUCUAAAAUUAAUGUCCUGUUCCUUUUUUAAAAUAAACUUAGCAGAAUC